CACCUUCCUUUUUUAAACCACAGGGCGGGUACCUCAGCCACACACAUACACAAAUUUCACAAACUUCGAAAAAACACGACACACUCUCAUACACACACGUUGUCGCACACACAUUCCUUCUUUUCGCAGCAACAAGCAUCCUCACCUUAAACGACAAUGGCCGAUGCCGAGGAUAUUCAACCUCUCGUUUGCGAUAAUGGAACCGGAAUGGUCAAGGCUGGUUUUGCCGGAGAUGAUGCUCCGAGGGCGGUGUUCCCUAGCAUUGUGGGGCGUCCACGUCACACUGGGGUGAUGGUUGGGAUGGGACAGAAGGAUGCGUAUGUUGGGGACGAGGCUCAAUCGAAGAGGGGUAUUUUGACUCUGAAAUACCCUAUUGAGCAUGGGAUUGUGAGUAAUUGGGACGACAUGGAGAAGAUCUGGCAUCACACUUUCUACAAUGAGCUUCGUGUGGCUCCUGAAGAACACCCUGUGCUUCUUACCGAGGCACCGCUUAAUCCUAAGGCUAAUCGUGAGAAAAUGACUCAGAUCAUGUUUGAGACCUUCAACACUCCUGCUAUGUAUGUCGCCAUCCAAGCUGUGCUUUCCCUUUAUGCUAGUGGCCGUACAACUGGUAUUGUUCUGGACUCCGGAGAUGGUGUCAGUCACACGGUUCCUAUUUACGAAGGCUAUGCCCUUCCGCAUGCAAUCUUGCGUUUGGACCUUGCAGGGCGUGAUCUCACUGAUGCCCUUAUGAAAAUCCUGACUGAGCGUGGUUACUCUUUCACCACAUCUGCAGAGCGGGAAAUUGUGAGGGACAUGAAGGAGAAACUGGCCUAUAUUGCUCUUGAUUACGAGCAGGAAUUGGAAACUGCCAAGACUAGCUCAGCCGUUGAAAAGAGCUAUGAGCUUCCUGAUGGGCAGGUGAUCACUAUUGGUGCUGAGCGAUUCCGGUGCCCUGAAGUUCUGUUCCAGCCAUCCAUGAUUGGGAUGGAAUCUCCUGGCAUCCACGAGACAACAUAUAACUCUAUCAUGAAGUGUGAUGUCGACAUUAGGAAGGAUCUAUAUGGUAACAUUGUCUUGAGUGGUGGUUCCACAAUGUUCCCAGGCAUUGCUGAUAGGAUGAGCAAGGAGAUUACAGCAUUGGCACCAAGUAGCAUGAAAAUUAAGGUUGUCGCACCACCAGAGAGGAAAUACAGUGUCUGGAUUGGAGGCUCCAUCUUGGCUUCCCUCAGCACCUUCCAACAGAUGUGGAUUGCGAAGGCUGAGUAUGAUGAAUCUGGACCAUCAAUCGUACACAGGAAAUGCUUCUAAGUUAUAAUCAUGGAGUAUGAAAGCUGGACCAGGGAAAUUACUAUUUAUACGAAUACUACAAAAAUACCAUCAAGUGGUUGAGGACUUGCAUUUCCUACUCUUUACCAUUCCUUUUAUCAUGUUUUUGUGUUUUCCUUUCUUUGAUAUGUUGAGAUAAGAGCAUGAAGGCUGGCAAGAUAUGUAAGAUUCAAAUUUUUCCCCGUUUUGUUGUAGUAGAAGAGAUGUGCAUUGUUACCGAUUUGGUUUGGUUGAAUCGACAAAUUCUUUUUAUGAA